AUGGAGAGCCUUCGUCAUUAUCUCCACAUCUGCGGUGUAUGUAGAGUAGGUGGUUAUCGCAUAUCAUGCGCGCGUAAUUGCAAACAAACGUCCUCGAUUGCGUCAAAACGACAAGCUGGAUCAACAACUACCCGAGGGAAGAAAACUGUGACGGUGAUAGACUGCAACAGCACACCUUCAAGCGUCUUCCGCCGCCGCCAUCCUGAGGACUAUGACAUUGUUUCUCCAGCAACUUUACGGAGUCUCGAUCACGCACUGGGAGAAUGCUAUCCUUCGCAAUCCAAACAGCUACCCCGCAAAAAUUCGAAAAGCUCCCAGCCGUCAGAAGAUCUCCCAACUCCACGUCCUUCCGAUGGCCCCUACCGCUUCAACGAGAUAAACAUCCAGAUGCUGCCGGAGUCGCUGCACCGCCAUUUGUUCGGCGCAAAGGCCACGGCGUCGCCGUCGCCGGAGCUGGUUCGAUCGGCGUUGCGGGCGCGCAAAGAACUGCAGCGACGGGGGUUGCUGCGCGCGCCGCCCGCGCCCAUCGCGGACCCGGGGGUGCGCUUGCCGCGGCUGCGCGGCGCCGACGUGGAGGAGCACUUCCGCACGGUGGGCGAGGAGCAGAGCGGCCCCUACCGCGCGCUGCUGCAGGGCCUGGCGGCCGCUCCAGAGCCCCCGCCGCCACCCGCGGAGUGGCAGCUGCGCGUGGGCUGGACGCGCUACGCCCCCGAAGAGCCCCCACUCCCCGUGCCGUUCCCGGCAUGUGACGCCCUCGUGCUGGACGUGGAAGUAUGCCGCGCGGCCGGCGAAGCUCCGGUGCUGGCCACCGCGGCGAGUCCGGCCGCGUGGUACUGCUGGGUGAGCCCGCGCUUGGCCGCGGCCUCCGCCGGGCCUGCCGCCACUCCCCCUCGCCGUUACUCCGCCGACGACUUCCUGCCUCUGGAGAGCGAGCCUGCGACCGGAACGUUCGCGCCGGGCGUGUACCAACGGCCGCGGGUGGUCGUGGGUCACAACGUGUCCUACGACCGCGCGCGCGUGCGCGAACAGUACUGGCUGGAGCGCUCCUCUCUGCGUUUUGUCGACACAAUGUCGCUGCAUGUGUGCGUGGGCGGGCUGGCUAGCGGACAGCGCGCCGCCUUGCGAUCUUCAGCGGACGCCGAGCCCGAAGACGCCGCGUGGCGCGAGGUAGCUGCGCUCAACUCGCUUGCCGACGUGCAUCGCCUCUACUGCGGCGCACCCCUUGACAAGGCGGCCCGGGACCUGUUCGUCACCGGGCAGCUGGCGGAGGUGCGAGCCGACUUCCAGAGCGCCACCGCGUACUGCGCCGGGGACGUGGCGGCUACGUGGCGCGUGUUGGCCAAGGUGCUGCCGCUGUUCCUGGAACGCUUUCCGCACCCGGUGUCACUGGCCGGACUGCUAGAGCUGGGCGGGGCAUACCUGCCCGUGGGCGCCGCGUGGCCCCGGUUUCUCGCCUCCGCCGAGCGCACCUACGAUGAGUUGCGUGCCGAGUCACGCCGCAUGCUGGCACGCGCCGCCGACGACGCGUGCGCGCUGCUGCACGCGCACGCCUACUGUCGUGAUCCCUGGAUGUGGGACCAGGACUGGAGUGUGCAGGAGUUGCGCUUGCGGAAAACCGCCCCCAAGAAGCGCGCUUCGGGCACCGACGGUGCCGUCGCCAACGAGGACUUCGACCCAGACGAGUGGCCCGAGAAGUUCCGGAACCUUGCCGCCACGCGAUACCAACUGCCUGCCAAGCGCCCCUUAUUACCGGGGUACCCUGCGUGGUACCGCAACCUCUGCGAUCGCCCCGGUGCGGAAGAGUGGACGCCCGGGCCUGCGCGGGUCAGCACGGGGCUCCAAGUGACGCCCAAGCUGUUGCGCCUUACGUGGGAAGGUUAUCCGUUGCAUUACGUGCGUGAGCACGGGUGGGGAUUUUUAGUGCCACGCGAGGGUCGAGAGGGAGUGGAAGAGGCCGAGGCCGAGGACGCGGCAGCGAAGCCCCCCUUGACGGAGCUUCUUGCGAUGUGUCCAGUGGUGGCUGCUGCUGGAGCGAAAACGAGAGUGGAAGAGGGAGAGACGGCUGGGGAAGUGGAGAGCGUGCGGCGCGAGGUGCAGGAGCGCCUGGGGUGGGCGUCGAGGCGCGGGGGCGUGGACGGCACGGCGUCUGCGGCGCCCCUGUGGUACAUCGGCGCGGGCGUGCGAUGCGGGGCGUCGGUGGGCGGCUGCUGGUUCCUGAAGCUGCCGCACAAAGACGGCGCGGCGCGCGUGGGCAGCCCGAUGGCGCGGGACUUCCUAGGCGCGUUCGAAGCGGGCGUGCUCGCCGGCGCCGGUCCCGGGGCGGCGCGCGUGCUGGACGUGGGCCGCCAGCUGAGCUACUGGCGCAAUAACCGCGAGCGCGUGUUGGGACAGCUGGUGGGGUGGCUGCCGGCGGCAGCGCUGCCCCGCAGUCUGCGCGCCCACGGCGCCGGCCUGCAGCUGGGCGCCAUCGUGCCGCAGGUGGUGGCCGCUGGCACCCUGACGCGCCGCGCUGUGGAGCCCACGUGGAUGACGGCUGCCAACGCCAAGCCCGGCCGCCUGGGCUCCGAGCUUCGCGCCCUCGUGCACGCGCCCCCGGGCCACGCCUUCGUCGGCGCUGACGUGGACUCCCAGGAGCUAUGGAUCGCCGCGGUUCUCGGUGACGCAUCGGCGGCAGGCAUCCACGGCGGCACACCCUUCGGCUGGAUGACCCUGAGCGGGUCGAAAGCGGACGGCACCGACAUGCACAGCGUGACGGCGGCGGCGGCCGGCGUGUCGCGCGACGAAGCCAAAGUGCUCAACUACGCUCGCAUUUACGGAGCGGGCCCGCGCUUCGCCCAGCGCCUGCUGCAACGCUUCAACCCGGCGCUCGGCGACGCCGAAGCUCGCGCGCGCGCCACCAAGAUGUUCGCGCUCACUAAGGGGCGUCGCGUGUGGCGCGCGCGGCCAGAGUGGGCGGCGGCGGCGGAGGACGCGGGCGGUGCGCGCACCACGUCGGCGCUCGAGGCGCGCCGCCGGGCGCAAGCGCUGGGCGCCACGACGGACGAAGUGUUCGGCGCGCCGCGCUGGGAGGGCGGCACCGAGUCCGCAAUGUUCAACCGGUUGGAAGAGAUUGCGAACGCGGCCCACCCGGCCACGCCCUUCCUGGGCGGGCGGUUGAGCCGCGCGCUGGAGGCGGCGGUGUCCGUUGGCGACGACGACCGCUUCCUGCCCACGCGCGUGAACUGGGUGGUGCAGAGCGGAGCCGUCGACUUCCUGCAUCUGAUGCUGGUGUGCAUGCGCUGGCUGCAGCCGCGCGCGCGCUUCUGCCUUAGCUUCCACGACGAGGUGCGCUACCUGGUGGCGGAGCGCGAUCGGCACCGUGCCGCGCUGGCGCUGCACGCCACCAACCUGCUGGCCCGCGCCUUCUGUGCGCAGCGCCUGGGCCUCACCGACCUGCCCGCUGCCGUCGCCUUCUUCGCGUCCGUUGAGGUGGACGCGGCGCUGCGCAAGGACGCGCACCACGACUGCGCCACGCCCUCCAAUCCGCACGGGCUUCGUCGCGGCUACGGUGUUGCGCCCGGGGAGGCGCUGGACGUGUACAAGACGGUGGCGCGCGCUGGCGGCGUGCUCCGCGCCCCGCGCGGCGCUUCCGCGGCCUUUGCUGCCCCGAUUGAAGAAAUUUCUGUUAAAAGAAAAAGAACAGAUAGAAGUUGCACUUUAGUGUCUACCUCGAGGUGUCAGUUACAAAUGUUUUUUAAAAGUCAAAUGUCAGCCUUUACAAAACGUAAACAUGUAGAACGUGAAGUGCUUGAGGAUACCCUGCAGGUACCUACAGAACAACAGAAAGUAGUUCGUGUGCUUGCAGGGCGUGGCAACAACUUACAUGAAGUUGAGGAACCCAACGGUGCAAGAUAUCUUGCAUCUAUGCCAACAAAAUUUAGGCGUCAUUUCUGGAUAAAGCGUGGUGACUUUAUAUUGGUAGAACCUAUUCCAGAAGGUGACAAAGUUAAAGCAGAAAUUGCACUCAUUUUGACUCAUGAUCAUCAGCGGUUUUAUCGUGCUAAUGGCUGCUGGCCUCAAGAAUUUGAAGGAAUUGAUGCAACUAAAGAGGUAAAGGGCGAAGAGGAUUUAUUUGUGAAUGUUAAUCGGCAAAUUCCUGGUGAACAUUCCAGUGAGAGUGAGACAGACAGUGAUGAUGAUGAUGAUGAUGAAGAAGAUAGCGAAGAUAAGGAAACAAAUGAUACUGAAGAGUCUGAUUCAAGUGAUUCUGAUUCUAACACACAAGAAGAAUGACAGAAAUUCUGCAUUUCUCUUCCUAGAACCAUUUUGGAAUGCAUGUUUUCAUGUUCAAAUUGAGCAUUUAGACUUGUCAUUAUGGACUGUUUUCAUAAAUAAAAUUCUUCUGAAAUAUGUUUGUGCA